AUGACAAUCGAUGGUGGCCAUGCGGGCCAGAUGAUCGAGUACAUUCAAGAUCGCCUGUAUCUGGCAUCUUACGACUCGACUCCGUCGUCGCGAACACCAUUCCCCUACCCGCUGGAGCAGUCCAAGUCUCCAAGCAAGCGGGCAGCGCGGGCUCAGCCAUCUACUCCGACAUCCAAGCGCCGAUCCCCUGUCUACUUCACCGUUGAUGAUACUCUCCUCUACAAUGCAUUCCAUGCGGACUUUGGACCCCUCCACAUCGGUCACCUGUACCGAUUCGCCGUGCUCUUCCAUGAGAUUCUCGGAGACCCAGCAAACAGUGAUCGCCCGGUUGUCUUCUAUAGCAAAACCGAUGCGCGGAGCCGCGCAAACGCCGCCUGUCUCGUGGCCUGCUACAUGGUUCUCAUCCAAUCCUGGCCACCCCAUCUGGCCCUGGCGCCGAUCGCGCAGGCCGACCCUCCUUACAUGCCCUUUCGUGAUGCCGGCUACAGCCAGGCCGAUUUCAUUCUGAACAUCCAGGAUGUUGUUUAUGGUGUGUGGAAGGCCAAGGAGCAGGGUCUGUGUGGACUGAGGGAUUUCAACCUUGAAGAGUAUGAAAAGUUCGAAAGAGUCGAUAUGGGCGACUUCAACUGGGUUACACCAAACUUCCUUGCUUUCGCCUCACCCCAACACCAACCCGUUGCGCCUGUUCCCAUGAACACUCCCGAGUACGACGCCCUGCCUUCCUCCAUCUCCGAAAUCUGCUCUUCCAAGCUUCCACUCCCAUUCAAAAACGUUCUAGUCCACUUCUAUUCUCGCAACGUGGGCCUUGUUGUCCGUUUGAACUCUGAGCUUUACAGCCCAUCAUACUUCACCGCUAUGGGCAUCCAACACAUUGAUAUGAUUUUUGAGGAUGGCACGUGCCCGCCUCUGACACUCGUCCGAAGGUUUAUCAAGAUGGCCCACGACAUGAUUACUGUCAAGAAUAAGGGUAUUGCUGUGCACUGCAAGGCUGGUCUGGGCCGUACAGGAUGCUUGAUAGGUGCUUAUCUGAUCUAUCGUUAUGGAUUCACUGCAAACGAGGUCAUUGCAUUCAUGCGAUUCAUGCGCCCUGGUAUGGUUGUGGGACCCCAACAGCACUGGCUCCACCUCAACCAGGGCUCUUUCCGGGAGUGGUGGUUCGAGGACAGCAUGCGCGAGAAGUUGGCUCAGUCUGCUCCGGUCACCCCAGCUCGUGUCUCUGCCAAGAAGCGUGGAAGCAACGGUGUUGUGGCCACUCCCCCCAAUAACAGCCACUCCAAGCGCGCCGCGCUCGGUGAAAUCGACCACAAUGAAGGUGCUGGCAGCCACCACGAGGAGAACCUUCCUGCUCCGACCCCUGGACAGCCUCGUAAAUCCCACCGGAAGGAUUCCCGCCACCACCCAUACGCGCGCACAGCCUCUGGCUCCUUGGCUGUUGACAAUGAUGGCCACAAGCAGGGUGAGGCGCGCAGCCCCCGUGGGCAUCGAUUGAGCAAUGAAAGCAGUGAGAGCGAUGAGGAAAUCCAACUUCGUAUGCUGGCCAAGCGGUCGUCGAGAUCUCCUGUCGCAACCUCGACCUCGCGCUCGAUCAGCUACUCGGCGACCGUCACAGCGAGCUAUACUCUCACUGACGAUAUUCACGAAGAUCGCGAGAACUGGGUUGAGACCGCCGCUCCCAAGACUCCUGUCAGCCGCAAGAGUGCUGGUGGGGCCAUUUCUGUCAGUAAGGUUCGCUCUAGCCCCCGGCGGGUUACAGACAGCAAUAAGAGUGAAUCGCGAGGAGUGCGUAAGGCUAGUGGCCGUAUCGGCAGCACCUCUAGUCCAUCUCGGGCCACUCGUACAGCCGCCUAA